GCGCAAAACGGCAGCAAAAAAAGGAAAAGAAAAUGUUGCAAGCACCUCCGCUACACCCACAUCCACAGUGACCUCCAAAGACCCCACACCGGCAAUGGACCCUUCGCUGUUCGUUCCACAAGACAAGGCGAGGCAGGACAAGUUGCAGAGGGAGAAGCCUGUGUGUGGAACAGGGUCAGGAAGCCAGGGAGAAAGGGAGAGGCGAGUAUUGGGUGAGGUGUCGGUUGUGCAUGCAGAUUUGGAGGGGCACGAGCUCAAGAGCGGUGGAACAUUACCUGGAGACGCAGAAGCCGUGUCCAUCGCGCACAGGAGAAAUGGUGAAUGAGCUCAUCAAAUCCGGGGGGAAAGUGUUGCCGGGUGAUAAGAAUAUGCGGUACUUGCUGAAGAAUUACAAGCAGCUGCACGGGAUUUCGGAAGGGGGGGUCGAUCAGACGGAGAAGGCCGACGAGGUGGUUGAAUUUCCCGCAUACCUUGAGCUACAGCCACCGCCCACUGCGGGCAGGGCUGCUCCUCCAUGUGAUGCAGGGGAUUUGCACAAGGAGAAUGCUUUGGAGGCGGCGGGGGGUGAGGCGUCGGGGUCGAACACACGGCUGUCCUCAUUGCAGCAGUCAACAAUAAAGAGGUGGGUGGACAACGGUGCGCAAAAAAAACUGGACAUUGCAUGGGCGGAAACCAUGUUUCGUGCUGGGAUCUCGUUCAACUUCUUGAACUUCGAAACCACCCAGAAACUCCACGAAGUGUACCUGCAGGUGGCAAAGUCAAGACCGCAGGUGAAACUGCCCUCCUUCAACCACAUGAGGACCGUCAUGUUGGACAUUGUGUGCAUGCGAGUGCAGAAGACGGUGGAGCCGUUGACGACUUGUUGGGAUGUGAGCGGGUGUACUUUCGUCACAGACGGAUCAAGUGAUCGUUGGGAGCGGCCCGUGAUGAACUUCUUGGCAGCUGGGGUGGAUGGGGCGGUUUUGGUGGCGACAGUGUCAAUGUCCGGGAGGAAGAAGACCGGACCUGCAUUGGCGAAACUUUGGGAGCAGAUCAUGAGGGAAAUAGGACUGCGUCGAAUCAAUUCGAUCUGCACUGACAACGCGGACGUCAACAAAAGGGCGUCUCAGAUCCUGGAGCGACGAACGGACAAGGAGGUAGCAAGGAUUCUGAGGGCGGUGUUGAAGGACAUAGUCCAUGGUCCGAAUACAGUAAAGUGGAAUGCGAUCCGAUGGUCCACGUUGAAGUUGAGGGUCAGAUCGGAUCGGGUGUACUUCACAUUGAGGAGUGAUGAGUGGUGGACGGGGUUGAACAAGGUGGUUGAGGUGAUGGAGCCCGUGUUCGGCCUCUUGAGGCGGAUGGAUCAGGACGGUACCGGUCCCACAAACCUUGUCAAGUAUGACGACAUGAUAGAGAGGAAACUUAGCCAUGUCUUUCUUACGAUGGAGCAGCGGGCGAGCGUGAUGGAGAAAGUCAAAGAUCGCAUGAAGAUGAUGCGGCAACCCGUCCACGCAGCAGCCUUUCUUUUGGACCCGCGCACGAGAGAACUGAGGUGGUUGCAUGACCAAGACGGUACGCUUGUGCAGAAUGCCAUGCGGUUUCUCUCGAGGCAGGUUGGAGGUGAAUGGAAAGGGCAAGCGCACCUUGACAUUUGGAGUGACCUCAAUGAGUUCCACAACAAACCUACAAGGAACGGCCUGAAAAGGAAUGACACGAAGAUGUGGGACCCCACAGCGAAGGCAGAUGUUGACAAGAAGACACCGUCAGAAUGGUGGGCAGCACACGACGGCGACGUGCCCGAAUUGCAGAAGAUCGCGAUCAAGGUUAUGGGCAUGUGGAGCACCGCAUCGCCGGCGGAGAGGAUCUGGGCUUCCAUGGACUUCAUCCAUUCCAAACGGAGGAACAAGUUGUCGCCAGAAAGCUUGGCGAAGCUACCUGCCCCGAAGCCUGAAGAGAACGAUGGAUCGGUGUCGAAGGGGCCCGAGGAUGAGGCUGAGAAGACAGAGGAGGAGCUUGUACGGGAACGGAGGCUCACAAAGACUCCGAAGGGAAGGGUUCCAAAAAAUCUCAAGGACAAGGACGAAGAGCUCACGGAUGACAGUGAUUUGGAUGUGGAGCUGUGGAAGGGGAAGUGCGGAUUGUCGGAGGACUCAAGUGGCAGAGAAGAGGAUGACGACGAUGACUCCGAUUUUGAGCUAUGACCGGAGCCGUCCGUCCCAAUCACGACGUACGUCGGAAGGAGGCGGACCGGAUGGCAACGCAGAG